GCAAGCAAAAGGGACGGAAGGGAGGGGAGAGAGAGAGAGAGAGAAAAGAGGGGGAGCACAUGUGUAUGCUUGUCACUAAGGGGCUGGGAGAAGGACUAAGGGAAGCGAGGUAGCUGGCCACAGCCGCCAUAUGCUGACUGGAUUCCUGUUCAUGUCUGCUGUGUGAAGACUGUAGGUUUGUGUUGUGUGCUGGCCGGCUGGGGAACGCACCAUGGGAAGCUCACAUCUCCUCAACAAAGGCAUGCCUCUAGGUGUCAGGCCACCCAUUGUGAAUGGGCCCAUGCACCCACGCCCACUAGUGGCGCUGCUGGACGGGCGGGACUGCACUGUGGAGAUGCCCAUACUGAAAGACGUAGCAACCGUGGCGUUCUGUGAUGCUCAGUCCACACAGGAGAUACACGAGAAGGUCCUGAAUGAAGCUGUAGGAGCUCUGAUGUACCACACCAUCACUCUGAUGAGAGAAGACCUGGAAAAGUUUAAAGCUCUGCGUAUCAUCGUCCGUAUUGGCAGUGGUUAUGACAACAUUGACAUCAAGUCUGCCGGAGAACUCGGCAUAGCUGUAUGCAAUAUGCCAGCCGCCUCGGUGGAGGAGACGGCAGAUUCCACGCUGUGUCACAUCCUCACCUUGUACCGACGCACCACCUGGCUGCACCAGGCUCUGCGGGAGGGCACACGGGUUCAGAGCGUAGAACAGAUCCGAGAGGUGGCAUCAGGAGCGGCGAGGAUCAGAGGAGAGACCCUGGGAAUCAUAGGGCUCGGUCGGGUGGGCCAGGCUGUGGCGCUUCGAGCCAAGGCCUUUGGCUUCAAUUUGGUUUUCUAUGACCCUUACUUGGCUGACGGAGUAGAACGAUCCCUAGGACUACAAAGACUCAACACACUACAGGAUCUGCUGUUUCACUCCGACUGCGUCUCGCUGCACUGCAGUCUAAACGAACACAACCACCACCUGAUCAACGACUUCACCAUCAAACAGAUGCGACAGGGGGCGUUCCUGGUGAACACAGCGAGGGGGGGCCUGGUGGAUGAGAAGGCCCUGGCUCAAGCCCUGAAGGAGGGCAGGAUACGUGGAGCUGCUCUGGAUGUUCAUGAGACAGAGCCUUUCAGUUUCAGUCAGGGUCCGCUGAAGGAUGCUCCCAAUCUGAUCUGCACGCCUCAUGCUGCCUGGUACAGUGAACAGGCAUCACUGGAGAUGCGUGAGGAGGCGGCCAGGGAGAUCCGAAGGGCUGUGACAGGUCGCAUCCCAGACAGUCUGAAGAACUGUGUGAAUAAAGAGUUCCUCACUCAGAACAACCACUGGGCAGGGGUCGACCCAGCGGCCGUCCACCCAGAGCUCAACGGGGCUUAUAGGUAUCCCCCAGGUGUAGUGAGUUUGCCAGCGGGCGGCCUCCCUCCACCUGUUGAAGGCAUAGUGCCGAGCGCUGUGCCCAUCACGCACACCCUCCCUCCUGCUGUCACACACCCUCCUCACGCCCCGUCUCCAAACACAGUAAAGCCACCGGAGGGCGACAGAGAGCAGCACCCGAACGACCAACUGUAGCCAACACACAUCUCACGAUACGAGCUUGCCUGUGUUGUUCCUAUAGCGACAGGUUUGGCGUCAGAUAGACUGGUCGAGGUCCCAAUAACAAUCCAUGAUUCACAACUCUCUGGUAAUUGGUUCCCAUCAUCCAGUUCCAAGGAGGAAGAAGAUGAGAAAGAGGAGUGGAUAGCUGUUGAGAUGCUCUGAUCAUGAAGCGUGACAGCUGUCCUCUGCCCCGACAAGAUGAUGAUCUUUGCAUUCUAUGUCCGAAAUAAAAACAUUUACUAUCUGUUGAUUUGGGAAGAAAAAAUACUGAAUCAAACUCCGCUGUCUUAGACUGUAGUGUGUCCAAAGUUAGAAGGGCGGGAUUCAUGUCUUUCUCUCUUUUCGGUGUCCUUUCCUUAGUUUGACGUACAAACAAAGUUAGUAGGUUAUGAAAUGAAUGUAACCUGUCUGUGUACAGUUUUUAGACUUGCUGCGAGAACAUACUGAUAUUUGUAUUUCAGUCUUAACAAAAACAAAAGUGAUCUCUCUAUGUAGCCAGACUGGUUUGAGAAUAUGAUACGUUUUUUUUUUUGUUUGUUUGUUUGUUUUGGUGUCCCCAAAUUAGCAAGCCCCUCCCUCCAAAAAAGAGGCAGCUUUUUGCACACCAUCUCAGGAAAUUAAGUUUCCGCAGUUGGUAUAUUAUUUUUUAAAAAAGUUUUUGUUUUAUAAAUUCCUUUACAUGCCACUUAGUGCUUUUGUUUUUCUACCUGCUUGCCUUUUUGUGUCCUGCUACAUUAGAAGAAGAACUUUAACAAGAGCUAAAGUUGGUUCUAAUGUGUGCUUUUGUUGGUUAUGUUUAAGGGGCAUGUGAUUUUGCUCUUGGGACUUGUGUAAAUGUUUGACCCAAAUCGAGGGGGUUGUAGGAGGAAAGGCUGCAGGGAGGUGGAAAAAUGGUAUGCUUGGCUGGGACAGCUUCAUUCUUUGUCACCAUUUUAAAUGAUACGUCUGCGAGGUGAUGCACUGAGGAUUUGCGGCAGACUAUAGUUUGAGAGAAAGGGAUUUCAUCUUGUCUUGUUUGUGUCUAAUGAGCCAGUUCUACCCCUUUUGCUCACAGUAAUUGUGCAGUUUAUGGAGCAUGAACAGUUUUGUGAAUCAUGUGUUGCAUCAUGCUGCUAAAUAAGUAUUCUCCUGAAGUUGCCCCUUUAGGCUACAGACAUGUGAAAUCAUCAAACGCAGUUGCCAAAAAACUCUGAACUUAUUUGUACAGAUGUCAUAUCCACUUAAAAAAUGGAAUGGUUACUGACAGAUCUGGAAUUGUUGAGUGCCUGAAGUUGGACCAACUUUUUUAUUUUUAAUACUACCCAGCUUGUUCGUUUGGUCAACCUUCUAAAAGAGCAACAACAUGCUUGUGAGAAUGAAAAAAAAGUAUCUUGCAUAUAUGCACAAUGAAGUGAAAACAUUUGGUGAUAGCAUGUCAGACUUUUGCAAUUUCUGCCGACUAGUAUCCCUUUAAUCUCCCAAGAUGGGUCCUUCCUCAGUAUACCGUUUAGCCACCCUCUGUGGCCUCUGUGUCUAUGUGUACAUAUUGUGUUCUGCCUGCCUGUGUCAAUGUGACUUGGUUGUAUCUGUGUCUAAAAAAAAAAAAAAAGCAGCACUGGGAGGAGGGGUGGUGGCGAGUACUCUCCACAAGGCAUCAUUACAAAGACUGCCGUCUAAAUGCACAACAAAUCUAAAACUGCUUUAAACUUGACUUCGAAUUCAGCCAGUAACCUGCAUUUUUACUGGUUACAUUCCCACAAUGUCAGCAAGAUGCUGAUAUAAAAUAUCCAUAACUCCUUUUCUCUCUGGAAUAUUUAUUACUGAUUACGUGUUAUCAGGCCAGCGGAGUGACGGUGCUUUCUGGAUCCCCUUCUACCAGCAGCUGAGUAGUCAGAACAGUUUACUGUUGCCUACCUGGUCUUCUUCAUGGUGAGGUAGUAAGCGUAGCAAUCAGGGAUGGAAAUUCCACUAGCCAUUGGUGGGUAUUUUACAGCUUCAGCCAGUUUGGGGUACUCACUGAAUCUGAGCAUCUAAAACAGAAGGUACUGUCAGGAUAGAACCUGGAAAUCCCCAAAUCAGAGCUGAAAUAUCCUGAUCUCAGUCUUUCCUCAGUGUGGGAAGAAACUCUUUGCUAGUUAUUUCUGAUAUUAACUAAAAGCAUUCCUCCUUCCAAGCGAUGGUUCCACACGUACAAAUGACAGACUAGCUUUUAAAGUGUUGAGGUGCUCCUUGGAGUUCCAUCCCUGGUAGUAACACACAGUCCACUGUUGCCUACUUUGGUCCCCUUUAUGGUAAAGUAGUAGGCGUAGCAAUAUACAGUAUACAUAUUCUAUAUUCUACAGUAAAUAUCAUUAUUUUUGGUCAAAACUGACAACCUGACAAAGAUAUGUUUGUGACUGUAUGCAUUUGUAUGAAUUAUUUUAAAAGGAAAUAAACUGUGGAAAGGUGA